UAAAAAUUUUUAUGGAGUCAUUCCUUUUGUCGAUCCUCAAAAGCUCAAUAACUUCAACUAUAAGUGCGACAAAAAAUCAGACGUUUAUAGUAUCGGUGUGCUUAUGUGGGAGAUCUCAAGUGAUGGACAAAUUCCAUUCCCUCAGGCAAAUUACGCUAUAAUUGCAGCAAGAACCCCUAUGGAUUACAUUAAUCUUUAUUCAAAAUGUUGGAAUAAUGAACCAGAUGAACGUCCUUCCAUGGAGGAAAUCUUUCAACAAUUAGAAAAUUUGGAACUUCAUGUCUAUUUUCUUACUGCCCUAGAUCAAAAUUUUGAGGCUGAAGUAAUGGAUACAAACAUUUCUCGUCCACCAUUUCCUCCACAGUCACUUAAUAUUCGUGAAAUCAUUAAUGAUGAAGCAUGGAAGAAAGAACCACACAAAAUAAAAAACGUAUACAGAAAACUUGCCGAUUUUAUUAAUGAAAAUGUGAGAAAAGAAAUACCUUAUUAUUUCGUUGGUACCAGGGAAGAAAUCAAUAACGAAUCACAAAGCAAUCUAGAUUAUAUAUUUUAA